AUGAAGACGUUAUUCCUCUUGGGCUUUGUCGCCCUUCUCGCCAUUGGCGUCUACACUGAAGAGAAGAAAGAUGAAAAGAAAGAUACAAAGUACGGAACAAUCAUCGGUAUCGAUCUGGGAACCACAUACUCUUGUGUUGGAGUGUACAAAAACGGACGAGUGGAAAUCAUCGCGAAUGACCAAGGAAACCGUAUCACUCCAUCCUAUGUUGCGUUCGCAGCUGAUACUGGAGAACGUAUGAUUGGUGAUGCCGCCAAGAAUCAGUUGACUAUCAAUCCCGAAAACACAGUCUUCGAUGCGAAACGUUUGAUCGGAAGAGAUUACAAUGAUAAGACUGUUCAGCACGAUAUCCCAUUGUGGCCUUUCAAAAUUGUCGACAGUAACAACAAGCCUCAUGUUUCCCUGAAAGUAGGCAAAGACAAGAAGCAAUUCACUCCAGAAGAAAUUUCUGCCAUGGUGCUCGGAAAAAUGAAGGAAAUUGCUGAAUCCUAC